CCUGACAAGAGAAUAAGCAGUGUAGUUACUUCCAAGUUUUCCCAGGAUUCCGUACCUGUGUUUCGAAACUUCUCGGACUUGUUUUUGUGUGUACGCUUUUCUUUUUUGUAGACGUUUUUCGCGAAAUGUUAUUUAAAAAUUUGCUAUUUUUUGUACGGACUACCAUUUUGGAUAUUCGCGGUCGCUGAAAUAUUGUGCUUGCGUUCGGUUCCUUGUGUUCGUGAAGUUCCAAAUCGUUUGGAGUUUGUUUUCACCACGUGACAAUAUCACUCGUCUGGGAAAAUAAAUAAUUUGUGUUAUCUCUUGGAGCCCAGGAAUCACAGACAACCAGUGAUUUGCGGCUGCGUGGAAGUAUAGGGGAAAAGUUUUCUUGGCUUGGAGCGAGAAUUAAAAUGGUUUUUCGAACGAUGUCUUGAAACAAAUGUCAAAAUUCUAAAGGAAUCUCUUGGAGAUGAAUAGUAAAGAAGAAUCAAUUUGUUCCUUAAUGCCGUCCAAUAGGAGGCAAGCCUGGUGUAUACUGUUGAGGUUUUAACUAUCUCAGAAUGAGGCAGUACACUAGGCUUGCUGUAGUGCUGUUUAUUGCACUCAUUGGAAUGAGUGCUGCAGCACUGCAUCAAAAAGAUGCAUAUGUGAUGAAAGGAAAAAUUUGCAUUGGCACAUCUGGUCGUAUGUCUGUGCCAGCUAAUCGUGAUCAUCAUUAUCAAAAUCUUAGAGAUAGAUAUAUUAACUGUACAUAUGUAGAUGGAAACUUAGAAAUCACGUGGUUACAAGAUGACACAUUAGAUUUAAGUUUCCUGAAAGAAAUAAGAGAAGUGACCGGUUAUGUUCUCAUUUCUCAUGUAAAUAUUCGUCGUGUUGUGCUUCCUAAUCUAAUGAUCAUUCGUGGUCGAAAUCUUUUCCAACUCAAUGCUGGAGCUGAAGAAUUUGCCUUCCUAGUAGCAAGAAAUACUAUUGAAAUACUUGAGCUUCCUGCUUUGCGUGAUAUAUUGUCUGGUGGAGUUGGCUUCUUUGACAAUGAUAAUUUGUGUUAUAUUAACACAAUCAAUUGGGAAGAAAUAUUAGCUGGAUAUCUAAUUAAGCCGUUGUAUCUUCACAACUCAACUUUACCACAAAAAAGAUGUCCACCUUGCCAUAAAAGUUGUUCAGCUGGUUGUUGGGGUCCAGGCGAAUUAAGCUGUCAAAAAUUUUCCAAAAUCAACUGUUCUCCACAAUGUCAUCAAGGAAGAUGUUUUGGACCUAAUCCUAGAGAAUGCUGUCAUUUGUUUUGUGCUGGAGGUUGCUCUGGUCCAACACAGAGCGAUUGCUUAGCUUGUAAGAACUUUGAUGACAAUGGAGUUUGUAAACAAGAAUGUCCACCAAUGAGACGUUACAAUCCAACCACAUAUUCUUGGGAAAGUAAUCCUGAAGGAAAAUAUGCUUAUGGUGCAACAUGUGUUAAAAAUUGUCCAGAACAUUUGUUAAGAGACAGUGGUGCUUGUGUGAGAUCAUGUCCUGAUACUAAAAAAGCAGUGGACGGAGAAUGUGUGUCCUGUGAUGGACCAUGUCCUAAAAAUUGCCAAGGUGUAAAUGUAGUACAUUCAGGAAACAUAGAUACUUUCAGGGGUUGUACAGUUAUUGAAGGUUCUUUGACCAUAUUAGAUCAGACGUUUGAUGGCUUUCAAGAUGUCUUUCCUAACUUUACAUUUGGUCAAAGAUAUCCUAAAAUGCAUCCUAAUGAAUUAGAAGUGUUCUCCACUUUGAAAGAAGUUACUGGAUUUGUAAAUAUCCAAGCCUCCCAUCCUGAUUUUCGAAAUCUCUCCUAUUUUCGAAACCUGGAAAUCAUUGAUGGUCGGCAACUCACAGAAUUAAAUGCAGCACUGUAUAUAGUCAAGACAUCGCUGCAAAGUUUAAAUCUUCGUUCACUGCGCAAAGUGAGGUCAGGGAGUGUUGCAAUUUUGGAAAAUAAAGAAUUGUGCUUUGCAAGUGAUAUUGUAUGGCAGCAAUUGAUGAGAUCUAGUUCUGGAACUGUCCUUCUUCAUCCAAAUGCCAAAAAAGAGUAUUGUGAAAGUAAAAAUCUAGUGUGCCAUGAACAAUGCUCAAAAGAUGGAUGUUGGGGAUAUGGUCCAGAUGAAUGUCUAUCUUGUAAAUCUUACAAAUUAAAAGAUAGAUGUGUGCAAGGUUGUAACACUACUCGCGGGAUUUAUGAUGCUGGGAAUCAAAUCUGUGAGUUUUGUGAUGGAGAGUGUUUAGGAGAAUGUCUAGGACCUGGACCAAGUAAUUGUACUCAAUGUAGAAAUGCUCGUGAUGGUCCUUAUUGUGUUAGCCAAUGUCCUGUGAGUAAAUACAACGAAAAUCGGGAAUGUAUGCCAUGCCAUGAAAACUGCAUCAAUGGCUGUACCGGUCCUCGGAACACUGUCGGACCUGGUGGGUGCAACUCUUGUGAUAAAGCCAUAGUCAGUGCUUUUGAUCCAAAUACUGUUGAGCAGUGUCUGAAACCUGAAGAACCUUGUCCUCUUGGUUUUUACCAAGAAUAUAGUGGACCUCAUGAAGAAGGCAUCAUGAAGCUGUUAACAGGGAAAUCUGUUUGUCGACAAUGCCACCAUAGAUGCAAAAACUGCACUGCAUAUGGAAUUCACAUUUCUACAUGCGAAUGUUUGAACUACCGUGUUGGGGAACAAUGUGAAGACAGUUGUCCACGUGAUCACUUUCCCGACAAUAUAAAUUUUCAUUGUGUCAAAUGUGCGGAGGAAUGCAGGGGGUGCUAUGGCCCUUCAAGUACAGAUUGUGAAGCUUGUAGAAACUACAGAGUACACUUAUCAUCUAAUAGAACACUGUUCAAUUGUACAGCCUCUUGUCCAGCAGAUAAACCUUACAAAGUAUUUGAUGACAAUAUGGAGGAUCCAUACUGUUCUGAUAUCGAUCCCAUAGCCAUUGCCUAUAGUGGAAUUGAGGAAGAGCAUUGGCCAGCCAUCUUAGGUGGAAGUAUUAGCUUUGUUUUCUUGUUGAUGGUCUUUGCAGCUGUCAUUGGUUACCAAUGGAUGCAGAAAGUAAAAUCAAAAGAGAAUACUAUCUUAAUGACAAUGCGCAUGAGCGGAUUUGAAGACAAUGAACCACUGAAACCUACUAAUGUGAAGCCAAACUUAGCUAAGCUUCGUAUUGUGAAAGAAGCAGAUCUAAGGAAAGGUGGAAUACUCGGCUAUGGCGCUUUUGGCACUGUUUACAAGGGUGUUUGGAUACCUGAAGGUGAAAAUGUCAAGAUACCUGUAGCAAUCAAAGUUCUACGUGAUGGGACCUGUCCCAACAAUAACAAAGAAAUAUUAGAGGAGGCUUAUUUUAUGGCUAGUGUGGAUCAUCCCAAUUUGUUAAAACUUUUGGCUGUCUGUAUGGCUUCCCAGUUAAUGCUUGUCACUCAAUUGAUGCCUUUAGGAUGCCUACUGGAUUAUGUUCGUUCCAAUAAAGACAAAAUUGGUUCUAAGCCGCUUCUUAAUUGGUGUGCUCAAAUUGCUCGGGGUAUGGCAUUUUUGGAGGAAAGACGAAUGGUUCAUCGAGAUUUAGCCCUUAGAAAUGUUUUAUUGCAAACUCCAGGGAUUAUCAAAAUAACUGACUUUGGUCUAGCUAAAUUUUUGGACAUAAAUGAAGAAGAAUACAAGGCUGAAGGUGGCAAGAUGCCUAUUAAAUGGUUGGCAUUAGAAUGCAUACAACACAGAAUCUUCACCCACAAGAGUGAUGUUUGGGCAUUUGGUGUCACUGUGUGGGAGCUGUUGACAUACGGUGGAAGACCCUAUGAGAAUAUUCCUGCACGAGAAGUCCCCGAUCUUUUAGAAAAGGGUGAAAGAUUGCCACAACCUGCUAUAUGUACCAUAGAUGUUUACAUGCUGAUGAUAAAAUGUUGGAUGUUGGAUGCUGAAUCUCGUCCUACAUUCAAAGAGCUGGCCGAUCAGUUUGCCAAGAUGUCUCGAGAUCCAGGGCGUUUUCUAGUCGUAAAAGGUGACAAGCUGUUACAACUGCCACCUUACUCUGGUUAUGAUAUGAAGGAACUGAUGACUGCCAUUGGUAUGACUCUUGAUGCUCCUGGAGUUGUUAUGGACGCUGAGCAAUACCUGCAUCCUAAAAUAGAUGAUGAGCAGAAAGCAGAAACUGAUUCUGUUACUAAAAAUAAGCCACCAUCAGAAAGCAGGAGCACGCCAACAACGCCACUCAGCUUGCAACCAGAACUGAUGCCAAUGCAGCAGCCUGGGAAUCCAACUAUGUGGUAUAAUGGUCAGGCACUGCCAGAUCAACCUCCCCCAGUUCCUCGAUACUGCCCCGAUCCCUUACUAAAUGGUGGCAAAAAUGAUGUGUUUAAAUUUGAUCACGGGGAAAAGUACUUAAGUCAGCAUCCGCCACUGCCAGUAGAUGAAGAAGACUAUUUAAUGCCAGCUUCUUGUUCUAGAGGUCCGUCGGUCCGAUAUAUGGACCUUAUUGGUGAUACACAUUUACCAGAAACAGUGGAUGUUAGACCCUUAAGUUAUUAUCACUAUAUUCCUGACUUCAUUCCUGUUCGUCGUCAUGCAAUGGACAAUUUAGAAUAUCACAUGAUGAACGACAGUAGUGCCAACAAUAAUCAACCCAUGCCUCCCUUUCAAAGACUAUCAAAUGGGGAGGAGGACUCUGAAUAUAUGAGUAACGGGAAACGAGAACUUAUAUCCUCUAAUCAUCAUCGAAAUGAAACAACGGUUUAGUGCAGCAUUAUAAACCCAUUUGUAUAUACACCCCAUUGUUACACUGAAAAAGUUGAUCCAUUGAACACUGUUUGUAUAUAUAUAUCUCGUUUGCUGCAGCUCAUCGAAUUUAAAUCGACUCAUUAAAAUUUCAUCUGUUCAUGUCGCUAAAAUUUGCUCAAGCCAUGGUGGUAGACCAUUUUAAUUCAUUUGAAAAAGAUGCUAUUCAUUUGUUGGAAGUACUUUAAAAAAAUCAAUCUCGGAUUGAAUACGAAUGUUGUGCCUUUGUGACAUGUUUAGUCACAUUAUAAAAAGAGAUGUUUUAUGGGAUCAAAAACUUUUAGAAACUGCUUUUGGUUUUUUGUUAAUAAAAAAAAGACUUAUUUUUGUACAUAUUUACAUCAAAAUUGUUAUGAACUGGUGCUCUUGCAUUCCAAUAAAAGAAACUUUUUACAUCUGGUUGGGAUAAAAAUUGCCAAAUAUGUGCCUUAUAAAUUAUGAAGACGGUGUUUUCUCAUGCCCAAGAAUUCUUUGAUUUGUAAAGAGCAAGCAUUCAAAAAGAAAUAUGUGAUUUUUGUUAUUGUGUUGUUUUCAAGUAUUUUUUUCAUACUGUUUCUCAGUUCUGAUGACUUUUAAAUACUUUGUUUUGUGUUCAUUAAUGUUGUUCUAUUAUUGACUCUGAGGUUUUUUUUUUAAUCCCUCAAACACCCUUUUGAUUGCAGCUAGGAGAUACAUCAUGUUUUUCACAUGUUUUUUUAUUAAGACCUCAAGUGCAUUUAGAUUUUUUUUCUUUUUUCUGAGGACCUUGUUCCAAUUUUUUUAUUUUCAUUGCCACAUUUUUAUAAUAAUUUCAUUUUUUUUGUUGUUAGUUUAAAGUUAAUUUCAUACCUGCUGUUUUCAUUUGUUGAUUUAUUUAUUAUGAUUAUUAUUUUUUUCAACUUCAAAAUAUAGUUUUUUUAAUUUUUUUUUCAUUGUUUAAAAUUGCCAUUUAUCAAGGAAUAAUGUACAUUAAGCUAAAUAUUAGUUUACAUAUUCUGUCUUUAAAAACACAUUGAAAAAACAAUUUUAAGAGGACGAUAUACUGCGGAAAGAACUGUAAAAAAUUCUGCUUCAUAAUUUAUUUUUCUUAUUUAUUUAUUUUUUUUAAAUUUUAGAGAAAGAUUUGAAAGUGAGUUCAGGUGAACAAAGAAAAUGUUUUCAAAAUAUCCAGCUGCAAUUUCAGGAAAUUAAAUUCAACAAAUUGUUGCAGAAUUGCUCCUCCACUGCAUAAUCUUAUGUUAUCCUGUUUUAAUUUUUUUAAAAAUAUUUUGAAGGAAAAAAAAUAAUUUCAUUAUUUGAAACUUCAUGGCAACAUCACUUUUUCUGUACAUUAAAUUAUAAAUUACUUAUAUAAAUAAGCGGAAAUUUACCAUUAAAGAUUUCUCUCGCUAUAUGGCGUCCUCUUAAGUUACUGCUUGAUCAUUAUUUUUUAAUACAUGAACUAGUAAAUUAUUUACUUUUAGUUGAUAGAACAGGUACUCUUCUAGGAAAUUGCUUCAUAAUUUUUAUUGACAAAUAUGUUUUUUGAAGUAAAUGAUUUCUUAUGGAGUUUACCCAUUUCUACGUAAUUACUAAAAAAUAUGUGGAAAAUAAAAAGAAUUUUUGGUGUAUUAUUACCAUAUUUGAACCAUUGUUAAUUUAUUGUUAUAUAAAUGGUAAAAUUUGUGAACAAAAAAAAAAAAAUUCCGAAAAUUAUUGCUACGGUUGUUUAGUUUAGUACAUUCUGAUAAGACUUAAAAAUGAAAGCAUUCAAGUAUAUUAUUUCUUUGCCAGUAAAUCUGGUUCAGAAAAAUAUAUUAGACCCCUUUUUUUUCCGAAUUAUAUUAUUAGAUGGUGGCAGUUUAAGAAAUUGUAGUUAAAUUUGUUACAAGAUAAUUUCUUGUUAUAUUUGAAUUCAGAGAGGAAAAAAAACACAUAAGCAUUUAAUUACUAAUUUUCCCUAUUGGAAAAUAGCAGGUAUGCAAUUAUCACAUUCAUUUGUAGAUUUAAAACAUUUUAAGGUCUUUCUGCUAUGUGAUUUUGUGCACUAGUUACGUUCCACUUUUCUCUUAAGCAGAAAGAUAUUGUUAAAGUAAUAGAACAGCUAAAGAUUGUGCUAUAGAUUAGCUACAGAUUUAGUGCCAUAUGGCUGUGUUACAUGUGAGUUGUUUUCAUUUUGUUUUAGUUUUGGUUAAUG